AUGACCCACUCUCCUUCUUGGAAACAACCGACACUCACAGUCUCUUCUGAAAAGUAUGCAAAGCUUGUCUACGAAUCAACACAACAACUCCAUCAAUCACUUCAACCUGUCUUGUCGGCAUUGAACAGACGCGCCAUUGGAUUCGCAAAGUGUGUCAACUAUGAAUCGGCUUUUCGAGAUGCCCACCUCAUACAGCAACCCUCACCUUAUGCUGCACUUGGAUACUUGUGUGAAGCCACUAUUUACAGCGAACAAGGGAAACAGCUUCAAGUGAUUGAUGUAUGCAACAAAGGACUCAGCAUGGUUGAUACCAGCGAUACGCACUAUGCCACACUACUUCAAGUCAAGAUCGAUGCAAAGCAACGGCAGGGCACAUGCAUUGACUUUAUCAGCCAAUUACCAAACGACAUUGUCAUUUCAACGCUCAUUCCAAUGAUCAUGGAUGAUAAUUGUGUGGCGACAUCUACGCCAUGUUCCUAUCUGCAAGUGGCUGAUGUAUGGAGCGAUCGUAUCAUUGAAUGCUUCAACGGAUUACGUUUCACGGUGGAUGAAGAUGAUGAGGACAUGUCGCAAGUCAUUCAAUUUGCUCAGCACACACAAUCAUUGCACGUUUCAGAGUAUUGGGAGGGAACCUGGCUAGGUGAUUUGAUCGGUGGCAAUGCGUUUUCAUCGAUACAAAAGAUAGUGAUGGACAGCUUCAGGAGCGACAACAUUGAUCACUUUGUAUCUUCGUUGCAACACGUCAGCAACACGUUGACCCAUUUUGAAGCGGAUAUGGAAGAUGGACCUGAGCUACGCGCAACCGAUAUUAUGAUGGCAUGCCCGAAUCUGAUUUCGCUCAGCAUAUCUGAAACAUUGAAUGGCGAUUUCACCUCUCUAGAAAUGGCACCAUGGCCCACUUUGACGACAUUAUCUCUUACCUAUGCACGCGAUCCCAUCACCUGUGAUCAGAUCAUCGACAUUUGGAAGCGAUUUCCGGCACUCAAGAAGCUUGAACUUUCAUCAUGCAUCGACAUACAAUCCACGCUUAUUGUCUCAGACCAUUGCCCAUCAAUGAACUGCAUUGAGCUCUGGAUGGAUGAUUCAACUCUUACGCUUACCUUUUUGGAUGAAGGAAACCAUGGCCAUGGGAUCACAAAGAUCAUCAUCGGGGCAACCGAAAUGGAAUGCGACACCUGCAAGGAUACCACCUCUAUCAUAAAGCAACACCACGACACACUUGAGCAUCUUGAAUGGGAUAUGGAUACAAGUUGGGAUACCGACACCAUUGACAACCUCGAAUUCCCUCAUCUCAAGGUUCUUCGUAUUGAUUUUCCUGGUUGGGAGAUACCACGCAAUGCACCCAUGCUUGAAGAGUUGAAGUUGACAUCAAGAAUCAUCCGUACACACCCUGCCGUGCUUGACAUCAUACCACCACGCUUGACAACGCUCGAUUUACUACUCGAUGAUGAUGUUGAAGAUGAACCCCCUCUAGACGAAACAGCCAUCGUACACUAUCUUGAUCGCAUUGCUCGCCAACACCAGCUAACCGAACUUGCGAUCCUUUUCGACAACGAGCAGCAAAACAUCGACGACAUGCUUGAUGCUAUUUACCAUCAUCAGCACCUUGAACGCCUAAAGAUCGGUUUUACGGAGGAUUUGGGUUCCUAUGAAAUGGAGCUAUUUUUGGAUGGGCUUGUCGAAGCAUGCCCUCGUUUAUCUUCUCUCGAGCUCAAAUGCGCACGUGCACCAUCGAUCACUGCCAUCAAUACCCUGAAGCAGCUUGAACAUUUAACGCAGUUUGGAUUCCCCAUCCAUGGCACGGAUGACGUUGACCGCUUUUGGAAUACCAUUCGAACAUUCACCCAGCUCAAAUACAUUACAAUCUACCCUGCUUGUGAAGUCAAGGACCAACAUGUUAAAUACCUCAAGCAUCAUAGACCAGACAUCAAGAUAAACAUUGAGAUGUUUACCAUUUACUUUUGA